AUUUCAGCCCUUGUAAGUAAGUUGCAACUUGGUGUAGUACCGAGGGUGGUGGUGGUGGUGGUGAUGUGUACAAAGCCAACACCAUUAUUAAACCCACAAAAGUUAGAACCGUGAUGUUUCCUGUUUGCACUGUGCAGCGGCAUCCUGCGGCGCUGUACAUGCGGGCAGACACCGAACACACGCUAUUAUCAAAAGACUUUUACAUUUUCCCAAGCGCCUGCUCGCAGAUGGGAGACAGACAGGGAAAUGGCUGUGCACGAACGUCUGUGAACGUCGCUCCCCACUUUCGCUCCCGAGGGGUCCUGCAGGUGCGUGUGUGCCCCUGCACACGCAAACCCCACUAGCGCCUGGACCAGGGUCCGUCCACAAUCCCCAUCUCUCUAAAGCGGUGGGGGUUGCUGGGCUAUCCUUCUCAACGCGACUCCCCGUCGGGCUCCCGGGACGCGGUCGGGCAGCAGCUGCACUGGAGUCAGGCAUGAGCUCGGUAAAACAGCUCUCCCCUGUUCCACAAGCACUGGGAGCUCGCUGACAGCACUCACCUGCCGGAAUCAGGCUGCGUCUGCUGCACCGAGCUUGCGAAAGCAGCGCGAAGAAGUAAACUUACCUGACACCAGCAGCGCGACUGGGAUAAGUCCAUCGACAGGGAGAGCGCAUUCGCUGUUUGAAAAUUGACUCUCCAGUCAAGCUCCACAUGUGUUUCUUAAAGUAGCCUCGAUCUCCCUAUGGACUGAACAGAAGUAUCACGAAAUGGCAUUGCUUGCUAGGAAUGCAGAGCCUGAGUUCAGCUCCUACUCCUUCAAUAACUUGGAAAACCUGUGUGAAGUCCAAACCAAGAAAGGAUUCUUCUACACAAAAGCCAAACUUCUGCACCCAGGGGAAGACCUGUGCUAUUUAGCCCGCCUGGAUGACCAGACAAGGUUUGUGAUCAUCAACGUAGGUGGUAUUAAAUACAAAGUUCCAUGGACCACCUUGGAGAACUGCCCCUUGACCAGGCUUGGGAAGCUAAAAUCUUGCAACAAUUAUGAUGAGAUCAUGAACAUCUGUGAUGAUUAUGAUGUUAGCUGCAAUGAAUUCUUUUUUGACCGUAAUCCUAGUGCCUUCAGGACAAUCAUGACUUUCCUGACAGCUGGGAAGCUGAGGCUUCUCAGGGAGAUGUGUGCUCUUUCUUUUCAGGAGGAGCUUGUGUACUGGGGGAUAGAAGAGGACCACCUGGAGUGGUGCUGUAAAAAGAGACUGCGACAGAAAGAGGAGGAGGCAGCUGAGGCCAGACUGUAUGAAGGGGAGCUGGUGUUUAGUGAAACUACGCAAUGUGCCUUCCAGGACAAUAGCCGAUUGAGUUUGUGCAUGCGAAAGCUCAGGGAUAUGGUGGAGAACCCCCACUCAGGGAUCCCAGGAAAGAUCUUUGCUUGUAUUUCAAUCUCUUUUGUUGCCAUCACUGCAGUCAGCCUCUGCAUCAGCACCAUGCCAGAUGUCAGAGAAGAAGAAGAUCGGGGUGAAUGCUCACAGAAGUGCUAUGACAUCUUUGUGCUGGAGACAGUGUGCGUGGCGUGGUUUUCAUUUGAGUUCCUGCUGCGAUCCAUCCAGGCAGAGAACAAGUGUGCUUUUCUGAAAACCCCACUCAACAUCAUCGACAUCCUGGCCAUCUUGCCCUUCUACAUCUCUCUCAUUGUGGAUACAGUCUCCACAAAAAACAGCAGCAAGCCCAGUGGGGGAGCUGGGAACAAGUACCUGGAAAGAGUGGGCUUGGUGCUGCGCUUCCUGCGGGCUCUGCGCAUCCUGUACGUGAUGAGGUUGGCACGGCACUCGCUGGGGCUGCAGACACUGGGGCUCACUGUGCGCCGGUGCACCAGGGAGUUCGGGCUGCUCCUGCUCUUCCUUUGCGUCGCCAUGGCCCUCUUCUCGCCGCUGGUGUACUUGGCUGAGAGUGAACUGGGAGCCAAGCAAGAAUUCACAAGCGUCCCCACCAGUUACUGGUGGGCUGUGAUCUCCAUGACCACGGUUGGCUAUGGGGACAUGGUGCCUCGUAGCAUCCCCGGACAGGUGGUAGCCCUGAGCAGUAUCUUGAGUGGGAUUUUGCUGAUGGCUUUCCCAGUCACGUCCAUCUUUCAUACCUUUUCCCGUUCCUACAUUGAGCUGAAGGAACAGCAGCAACGAGCAGCAAGCAGGCAGAUGCGCCAGCUAGAAGAGAACACUGAACUCCUACGUGGUAACAGUGCACAGGAGCUUGGUGUCACAUUUCCACCAACUGAUGCUGGGCAGGAGGGUCAGCCCGCAGGGGACCAGGAAGCCAAGAGAAGUUGCUGACUGAACAGCUUGAAGAUAUAUGUUGGCAGCACAAGAAGCAGUGGACAAGGAGGGUCAGUUCUACAAGAAAAACCUCCUGAACUGCAUAAAUGAAAUGAAGGCAGACACACACACAGAAGGUUGUCUCUAAAGACCAACUUUGGAUCUUAAGGGCCCUCUGAAAAGCAGCCCUGAAUCCCAACCAAGUACAGCUCUGCUCCAUUGCUUUCCAUAGGGCUUUUCUUUUCUAUUGAACAAGUGGUUUCAGCAAGCCCCAAGGAGCAGCCAUUGAACGUAGCCAGCCAGGAGAAUGUCCUGUGAAGCAGAGCCUGUGCCAUGUGCCAUUCGGUAGAUCAGCCAGCGUGACACCUCCUCCCUGCUCAGUGACACUCCACAUGCAAGAGGGUUAUGCCCCGUGCAAAGCAGGUUUGUUUCGGCAGCUCCGCCAAGGAGCACAAACCUCAGACAAACCAAGGUGUGAAGCCAGAGAAGGGCAGAAACAUCCCUUCAGCUUUCCCAGGGGCUUGGUUUCGUCUGUUUUACGGAUCAGGCAGCGCAGCCUUGGCCACCAGCUGGCAGCUGUGACUUGUGUGCUAGCACAGUAUGCAUUAUUUAGUAAAUACGCUUAUUUACCACCCUAAGCUUUGUAUCUUAGCCCCAUAGCAGAAAUCUACAUAGACAAUCUUCCAGACUAUGGUACUGAAUGUCAACGUGGGUUUUUUUCCCUUUGCUAACAGCUGAAUAUAACAAAUAUCUUUACAAAUCAUGCCAUCUCUCCACUUCCGUUAACUGUUUCCACCUCUCACGUAUAAAAACGAUGCGUUUAACAGACAACUAAACCUGAACUACAUGCAGCCCAAGCAGGGAAGGGUAGCCAAUGUUAAACCAGCAGUGAGUCCAAGCUCUGCAUACUCUUCCUCUGUGGUGAUGGCUGCGCUGACUGCAGUCAUGUACAAGCAGGAGUAGUCCAAACCCAGUGAAGUUAAAGAGAUGCCUUCAGUGGGUUCUGGUCCGAGCUGCAGGGUAGCAGCUGUGCUCUGUGUUAGGAGUAGUCUCUUUUUUUUUUUUUCCCUACUAAGAAAAAGACAAACCUGUCAUCUAAAAAUUAGAAUUAUUGUUCUGGCUUUUCUUCCUAAUUCUCCAAAGAUUUAAGUCAAUUUAAAGGGAAAAUGAAUCAUGGGGGCAUCAGCAUGCUUCUUUACUGAUGCCAGCCCCUUGAGCUCUCCUGAUGGAGCUGUGGAGCUGGUACAAGUCAGCAUGAUGUCUGGAUCUUUCACUGCUCCUACAGGUGGGAUAGGAUCAGAGGAUGGAGAGAAAUGGAACACAACUGCCUCUUGCACCUACACCACCAUUUAUAUUAAAGCCAUGCAGUGUCACCCGCCAUAACCUCCUCCUGCCAGGAAGAAAAAAAAGUUGAUGUACUGAAGAUGGGAUUUGUCUGGGUUUUUUUCCUCAGCAUAUGUUGUAAGACCAAUCCCACAUUAGCAAACUCCUGUAUUAAGCCAUUCCUUAUAGGAAUGGAGCAAGGGAAAAUAAAAGGUUACAUUUAUUUUAAUAAAAAUUAGAAGCUUUGCUGCUGAA